UCUUUGACAAAGACACGCAGACUAAUUUGUUAGCUUAUGAUUUUGUAUAAAAUAAUUUGACAUUUUAAAUAACGUGCUGAUGUUGCAAGUGCUGGCAAUUGUAUUUGCUGUAUACAGCAGUUUUCUAACUGCUCGUGCUGUAUUUAGGAUGUUGAGAUGGAGGAGGAACACCAGGACAGAGAGCAGCCCGAGGCGGUGAGGCGCAGUGAUCCACAGUCUCAGUGCAGCGCCGAUGAGACGGAUUCUCUUGAAGCUGCUGCUGCCGCCACUGUUUCCCUUCAUGAUCCCAGUGCUGAGGGCCGAGACUGCAGCACUGGGGGCCCGGACUGUAGCGCCAAGGGCCCGGACUGCAGCCCCAAGGGCCUAGACUGCCCCAAGGGCCCGGACUGCAGCACUGAGGGCCCGGACUGCAGCCCCAAGGGCCCGGACGGCAGAGCUGAGGGCCCGGACUGCAGCCCCAAGGGCCCGGACAGCAGAGCUGAGGGCCCGGACUGCAGCCCCAAGGGCCCGGACUGCAGCCCCAGGGCCCGGAUUCUCAGCUGA